GUGACGUAUGCGGAAGCGGCGGGAUGCCGGGUUUGGCUCAGUUAGAAAUUUCCUGUUAGAUGGUGCCUGCGUAUGCGGCCGCCUGAGAAGAAAGUGUAUAAAUACCUAGCUACUUCCCUUGCGAGAUGGCCAUGCGGAAGAUCCUCAUCCUUUUCGGCAGCCAGACAGGGACUGCUGAAGACACAGCCGAGAGGAUUGGCCGGGAAGCCAAGCGGCGCCAUUUCCAGUGUAGAAUUGAGGCCCUGGACAGCUACAACGUGGCUACCCUGAUCCAGGAGCCACUGGUGGUCUUUGUCUGUGCAACCACGGGACAAGGGGACCCUCCGGAUAACAUGAAGAAUUUCUGGAGGUUCCUAUUCCGGAAGAGCCUGCCUCCCACCUCCCUGUGCCAGAUGGACUACGCCGUUCUGGGGCUUGGAGAUUCCUCAUAUCCCAAGUUCAAUUUCAUUGCCAAGAAACUGCACAAGAGACUUCUGCAACUUGGGGGCUGCCCUGUGGUUCCAGUGGCCCUGGGAGACGACCAGCACGACUUGGGCCCAGAUGCGGUGACUGACCCAUGGCUUUUGGACUUGUGGGAAAAGGUCUUGGCUUUGUAUCCGCUUCCUGCUGGCCUCCACACCAUCAACCCAGAUGUCGUCUUACCGCCAAAGUUCACUUUCCAGUUUCUGGAUGAGGCCUCCAGUGAGGUCCCCCUGCAGCAGGACGAAGCCGCUCAGGGUGCCCCCUCGGAGCUGCACCCUUUCCCUGCCCGGAUGGUGUCCAACGAGAGAGUGACGGCAGAGUCACAUUCCCAGGACGUCCGCCUGAUUGCAUUCGAUGUGGCUGGCUCCGGAAUCGGAUACGCUGCCGGUGACGUGGUGAUGAUCCAGCCGUGCAAUCCUCCCAAGGAGGUGCAGCUCUUCUGCGAUGUCCUGCGCCUGGAUCCUGACAUGCGCUUCGUGCUGAGGUCUACUGAGCCAGGCAUUCCCCUUCCUGCCCUCCUGCCCCAGCCCUGCACUGUCCGUCACCUGGUCAGCCGGUACCUGGACAUCACCUGUGUCCCCCGCCGCUCCUUCUUCGAGCUUCUGUCCCAUUUCUCCCUGAACGACCUGGAGCGAGAGAAGCUGCAGGAAUUCAGCUCUGCCCAGGGCCAGGAAGAGCUCUACGCCUAUUGCAACCGGCCACGCCGGACCACCCUUGAGGUCCUCUGUGACUUCCCUCAUACAACCUAUGCCAUCCCGUGUGAUUAUCUGCUAGACCUCGUUCCACGAAUCCGACCCCGUGCCUUCUCCAUCGCUUCCUCGAUGCAGACACACCCCAACCACAUCGAAAUCCUCCUAGCCGUGGUGCGUUACAAGACUGGCCUUAGCAAGCCCCGGCGAGGCCUCUGUUCCACGUGGCUGGCCUCCCUCGAUCCACGGAGUGAGGCUGUGAGGGUGCCCCUUUGGGUGAAGAGAGGGGGGAUGAAAUUCCCAGCUGAACCACACACCCCCGUGAUCCUCAUUGGCCCCGGCACUGGAGUAGCACCUUUCCGAGCGGCGAUACAGGAGCGAGUUGCCCAGGGCAAAAGAGGGAACUGUCUCUUUUUUGGCUGCCGACAGAAAGCCAAAGAUUUUUACUGCCGGGCGGAAUGGGAGGAUCUUGUUAAAAUGGGCUUCCUGACCCUCUUUGUGGCCUUCUCUCGGGAUCAGGAGGAGAAGGUUUACGUCCAGCACCAGAUCCGAGAGAAUAAGGAGCUUGUGUGGGACCUCCUGAGACGGGGCGCCCACCUUUACCUGGCCGGCAAUGCCAAGCAGAUGCCGGAGGCCGUGACGGAGGCCCUGAAGUUCGUGUUCCAGUCGGCAGGAGGCCUCUCUGCUCCGCAAGCCGAGGAGUACCUGGCCAGCUUAGAGCGGACCCACCGCUUCCAGGCUGAGACCUGGUCUUGAGUGGCCACGCGUGGACGGAGGAGGCCUCUGACCCAGAAUUAAGCAGACGUGGCAAAUGUGGGGUCCUGGACCCAGACCGUCACCAAUAAAAGCAGGCCAGGACCAUC